UCUGCACGUUCAAGACGCUUGCUUAUCCGGCGUACCGUGGAGCUUGGAGUGCGGGUGGUGUGCAGAAGCAGCACCAGCAGCAAGCAAGCAAGCGGCUGCGUCUAAAGCCUCCGCCAAGUCGGCUUAGAAGCAGCUUACAAAUUGGAGAGAGAGCUGGGAGGACUGCCACGAAACAUGGCUGCAGGUAAUCAGGAUUCAAGCACAAGGCGACCUAAAUUUAAGAGCCUUACAGGCGUAGCUAACAACUCGAUGAUGGAGUACAUUAUCUCUCACUCUCUGCGUGAACACCCAGCUCUUGAAAAACUCCGCAAUUGCACGAUGCAACACCCAGCGAGUGUAAUGAUGGUGGCUUGUGAACAGUCCCAAUUUAUGGCCAAUCUUUUGAGGCUCAUCGGGGGAAAGAAAGCCAUCGAAGUUGGUGUUUAUACAGGAUACAACACGCUAAGUAUUGCUCUGGCUCUUCCUGACGACGGGAAAAUAGUGGCCUGUGACAUUACAGAGGAAUUCCCCAACAUAGGGAAGCCAUAUUGGAAGGAGGCAGGUGUAGAGCACAAAAUUGACCUUCGAAUAAAGCCUGCCAGUGCGACAUUGGAUGAGCUCCUUGCUGCCGGAGAGGAAGGAACUUACGACUUCGCAUUUAUUGAUGCGGACAAAGAAGGCUACGUUAACUAUUAUGAAAAAUGCCUGCGCCUGAUAAGAAAGGGUGGCAUUGUUGCCAUUGACAAUGUGAUCUGGGGAGGAUCUGUGCUGAACCCACGAAAAGAUGAUGAAGAAACCAUGUCGAUCUGUCGUCUCAAUGACAAGUUGAAGGAUGACCAGCGUGUGGACAUCAGCAUGCUGACCAUUGGAGAUGGGCUGACUCUGGCCUUCAAGCGUUAACCUCGACAUUGUUUUUGUGCUAUGGGGAAGAAGGGAGCUUUUUUCAGUGUGAAACUUUGUUCCAGGAGACUAUAACUCAUCGACAGACACGCAGACGGAUGGAGCUGACUCUUUAACUCGGUUCAACCUUCAUUGGAAAAUGUUAAAAUAAAAUCAUAUUAAUGUAACAUGACCUCAUUUAUUGACAAAAAAAACAAUGCCUUCUCAUUGACUGGUAAUGUCACAAAUUAACUCUCCUUUUGUGCCCACGACAUUUCUGAAAACUGGUCUCCUGAAAUGUGGUUUUAAGGCACAAGUGACUAAUUGUUCUUGUUAUAUUGAAACAUCACCUUACCAAUGCCACAUUUUUGUGUUAAAUGUUUUAACUAAAUAUAUAUAUUUUUUAUUUUACAGUAAAUUUAAUCUGCAGAUAACUUUCUCAACAAUGCAAAUGGAAAUCGUUUGAAAAGAUAUGUGUGAAAAUAUAAAUCCCUUUUGGUAUGCUUACAUUUUAAACGUUCUACAAAUUUGUCUGCAACAAUGACUGGUCACAGUGUGAAUUGUUAUGAUGCUGCUGUGGUGCUAUUGUGGAGAAAGUUUUUCGAUAAUUCAUACCUGUGAACACAAAUAAUUUCAGCAUUAGUAUAUCUAUCCAACUGGUUAAGGUGUUGAUUUUGAGAUCAAUGUUCAUGUUCAUGAGGCUUGUUAGUUUAUAUAUGACGAAUUUUGAAAAUCUGAUUAUUAAAAAAUGUGUAAUGAAGUAUUAACAUUGCAAUUAAGUGGUUCCAUUUUCAUUAUGUAAUUAAAUCAAUUAACUGCGCACAAUGUU